UACUUCCUCUCCGUACUUCCUUAGCAGCGUGCUAGCUGUUUAGCUGCGCGCCGUGCGUGUGAAAAGUUUCCAGACAUGAUGAGCGGGAGGACCGGGGCGGUCGUCCUCGGGGUGUGCGGGGCCCUUUUCGUCGCAUAUUGUAUUUAUUUCGACAGAAAGCGGCGGAGUGACCCUCGCUUCAAGGAAAAGCUACGUGAACGUAGAAGAAAGAAAAAUGUUUCCAGUGAGAGUUCCACACUGGCAAAGCUGCCUGAUUUGAAGGACGCAGAAGCUGUUCAGAAAUUCUUUCUGGAGGAAAUCCAGUUGGGAGAGGAGCUUCUGUCACAAGGUGAAUUCGAGAAAGGUGUGGACCACCUGACCAAUGCCAUUGCAGUAUGUGGCCAACCGCAGCAGCUCCUUCAGGUACUCCAGCAGACGUUGCCACCUCCAGUCUUCCAGAUGCUGCUUACCAAACUGCCCACCAUCAGCCAGCGAAUCAUCAGCGCUCAGUCUUUAACAGAAGAUGACGUCGAAUGAAUGUGUGUUUGUGUAAAAGCGUUUCAAGCACUGAUAUUUGGUAUGUGUGACAGCUGGUGUGUGUGUGUGAGAGUUGUGAGCCUGAUUGUGAGAGAGCACGACCCCCCCCUCCUUCCUUCAGUCCUUCUGUCGCUGCACCGCAAGGUUGAAGAACUUCCUGGAGGUUACGUUUUUGGGAAAUCCUAAACACAUUCCAUCUUUCUAAUCUGGUUCCCACCAGACUUUUUGUUUUCUCUCCAUCUGUUCUAUUUAUUUCCCUCAAAAGUAAUGUGUUAUGUUUGAGGGGACGAGGGGGUUUGCUGAUGUUAUGUAUUAAAUAAAAAUCAAAAGUAUGUAAAUGAUUUGUUACAUAUUGCUGUGUUGAUAUACCUGUACGAGUGCCUACUACACUAAACAGAACACUUGUUUAUAGAAAAUUGUGAAAUGUCUUGCAAUGUCAGUUAAAUGUUAUUUUUAUAAUCCAGCGUUUCAUAUCUGGAUGUGUUGUUUUUUUGUGUGUAAAAUCCUAAAAUAAAUCACAAAGACACA